UGUGGGGGGAAGCUGGCCAAGAUGGCGCCGGGUGCGUGAGGGCAGGCGCGGCCGCGCGGGGAGGGAGGUGAAGACCCGGCUGCCGGGGAGCGUCCGCUGCUGCCCGCGCUCCCCCCCGGGGCUGUAGGAUGGUAAAAUGACCCAGGGUGGGAAGAAGAAGAAGCGCGCCGUGAACCGCAGUAUCAUGCUGGCCAAGAAGAUCAUCAUUAAGGACGGCGGGACGCCUCAAGGAAUAGGUUCUCCAAGUGUCUACCACGCUGUGAUAGUGAUCUUCUUGGAGUUCUUUGCUUGGGGACUCUUGACAGCGCCCACCCUGGUGGUUUUGCAUGAAACCUUCCCAAAACAUACAUUUCUAAUGAAUGGUCUAAUUCAAGGAGUAAAGGGCUUGUUAUCCUUUCUCAGUGCCCCACUCAUUGGUGCCCUGUCCGAUGUAUGGGGACGGAAGUCCUUCCUGCUGCUAACAGUGUUUUUCACCUGUGCACCAAUACCACUGAUGAAGAUCAGCCCAUGGUGGUACUUUGCCGUUAUCUCCGUCUCUGGAGUGUUUGCAGUGACGUUCUCUGUGGUUUUUGCAUAUGUAGCAGACAUAACCCAAGAACAUGAAAGGAGCAUGGCCUAUGGCUUGGUGUCAGCAACUUUUGCAGCAAGUUUAGUUACCAGCCCUGCUAUUGGUGCCUACCUUGGUCGAGUCUACGGAGACAGCCUGGUCGUGGUGCUGGCUACAGCCAUAGCCCUGUUGGACAUCUGCUUUAUUCUUGUUGCUGUGCCAGAGUCGCUGCCAGAGAAGAUGAGGCCAGCGUCCUGGGGAGCACCCAUUUCGUGGGAACAGGCUGACCCCUUUGCAUCACUGAAGAAAGUCGGCCAGGACUCAAUCGUGCUGCUAAUCUGCAUAACGGUCUUUCUUUCAUACCUCCCGGAGGCAGGGCAAUAUUCCAGCUUCUUCCUGUACCUCAGACAGAUCAUGGGAUUUUCAUCGGAAAGUGUUGCAGCAUUUAUAGCAGUCCUUGGGAUUCUUUCCAUUAUCGCACAGACAAUAGUUUUGAGUUUACUGAUGCGGUCUAUUGGAAACAAGAACACCAUCCUCCUGGGCCUUGGCUUUCAAAUACUGCAGCUCGCAUGGUACGGCUUUGGAUCAGAGCCCUGGAUGAUGUGGGCUGCUGGUGCCGUGGCAGCCAUGUCCAGUAUUACUUUCCCGGCUGUAAGUGCACUGGUCUCCCGAACGGCGGAUGCUGACCAGCAGGGUGUUGUUCAAGGGAUGAUAACAGGAAUUCGAGGCCUGUGUAAUGGCUUGGGCCCAGCACUUUAUGGUUUUAUAUUCUAUAUCUUUCACGUUGAACUGAAUGAACUCCCCAUGCCCGAGUCCCCAUCAGGAGGCAGCGUGGUCACACAGUACCAUUUGCAACAGAACUCCAUCAUUCCUGGCCCCCCUUUCCUGUUCGGAGCCUGCUCCGUGCUGUUGGCACUACUCGUUGCCUUGUUUAUCCCUGAACACACCAACCUGACUGUCCGCUCCAGCAACUGGAAGAAGCACUGUGGCAGCCAUGGCCACCCCCACAGCCCCCAGGCUCCUGGGGAAGCUAAAGAACCAUUGCUGCAAGAUACAAACGUAUGACAAGAAUUUAGGAAGGGAUUUUGGACUUUGUUUUCCAUCAGCAGUUUGGGAUACACAUUCCAGUUCCAUCCAGAAUGUCAGUUCUUAAGGUGAUCUUAAGAAGUAUAUUUCUGCAUGAAAUCCAUAGGAAUUAAAAAAAAAAAAAAGUUUCUCCAAAGAUGUUGCCAGAGUUAAUAAUUUGCUUUUAAACACAAACUGUUACGUACUUGUCUCUUGCCAUGAAGUACUGUUACUACUCAACCUUACCUUGUAGUUCAGAGACAAAACAGACCAGUCCAGGCAUGAGCAUGUGUCCUUCUGCUUCCUUAAGGUGGUGAGCUUUAAUUCCAGUUGUGCCAAGUCUCAGUGAGACACAGUGGCACCCCCGGGGACCCCAUUGUAACGGUGUGAAGUCCUGGGUCAGGUGAUUCAAAGCCUUAAUGUACAUGUACUCCAGGAGGAGCAGGGGAAUCAGGACCAUUUAGUUUCAAAGGCGUAGGGCAGGUUUUUUAGGUUUGUACUAAUAUGAAAUCACAGGAGCACGCUUGCUGAGCAGUCAGAGUUAUUUUUAUGUAAGUGCAUUUACUCUUUCUAUCUUUGAAUAAACGGGAGUAGCAAACACUUGGUUAAGUGGGUGUUUGUUUUGAGCCUUCAGCGUUUACUGCUGGCUCCAAACCUCUGCUUCCCUAUGUACCGUUUAUUAUACCACUCUAUUUCUGAUGUUUGCAUAAUCAUACAAGGACCUCAAAACUUGAAUACACAGACUGAACUAUAAGCUGAUGAUAGCCUUGAAUAUGUCCGUGUGCUAUAUAGUGGCCUUUGAGGACUGUCACAAUAACCCUUUUGCAUUACAGAGCUAAUGUUUUAGUCCUAAAUUUUCAGGACCCUUAGUACAGAAGAGAGCUUUAUACAAUUACUGAUGUGAAUUUCUCAAAAAGUGUAUAUUUUUGUGUCCAGUUGUAUUAUUUAAGUGUUCCUUUGUAUAAAUUUGUGUAUAAAGUAUUGUAUAGGUUUAAAAUGUUUUCAUCUUGUGGUUAUUGCUUAAUGCUUUUUUACCUUUGAACGUUCACCAUGGUUGACCAAGAGCAGGAAAAAAAAUGUAAAUAUCCUGUUAAUAAAGUUGAAUAUUUUAAUGAA